AUGGAAUCCAAGCAAGAGGAUUGCAUCGCAAAGUUCCAGGGUCACUUUGCGUAUGAAGCAUGGAAUCAGGCAUUAGCGUGGACACCCGAUGGCAAACAGCUUCUUUCGGCUGGUACUCAUGUUGUCCACCAUAAGGAUCUGGGAUUCGUCGACCUGGAAGCAGGUCGGGUGUGUUGCGUCGCCUUCUCCAUGGAUGGCAAGUACAUCCUGAGUGGAGGAAAGAUCAUAUUAUCUCAAGUGGGCAGUACCUUCGCUAGAGGAUGUUCUCAGGACCAGGCAACAGAUGAAGACACUUUGAAGGAACAUGCGGCAAAUAAUGUGAGUUCUUGUUCUUUGCUCGUCUCCUUGCUUAUUGAUCCUCAAUCUCGAUGCCAAUGCUCAAACCCUGAUUGCGAGAUCCUCGCCAUCAACACGACGGCCCGCGAUGCAUGCAUAGCCGGAGACUUGCUCACUGCUGACAAACUGUUAACACAAGAUAUCGCCGCCGAUGACAAUGACUACAAGUCUCAUGCGAAUCGUUCGUUUGUCAAGGCAAGAAAUUCAGACUGGGACCACGCACUUGAUGACGCGCUCAAAAGCAUCAGUAUCAAGCCAUCCUUGAUGGGCUGUAUAUCCAAGGGCAUCGCCCACUGUGGAAAAAAACAGUUCCGGGACGCGAUGAAAGCAUUUGACAUCGCGUUCAUGCACGUGGAUGCAGACUUGAAUAAAACUCGUCUUCUACUCUUGAUUAAGGCCAUCGCCCUUUUCAAUGCAAAUCAACAUGACGAGGCGAUUCUGCGCGUCCAAGAGCUAGCUACCACUCGUCCUAAUCCAAAUUCUCUUGCCUGUGGUGUCGUGGAAGCUUAUCUACACGUCCAACUGGGAAAGAAUGCAUCACAUGACGCACGUCACAACGAGGCGGCUGGCCACUUCACUGCUGCUGUCAACACUAUUGAUUUCUCGUCUGUGUCGGCCAUCCACUCUAGAUACGAUGUCUUCGUGGUGUUAUUUGGGUGGGAUCUGCGGUCUUUGUGGCGAAAUGCACAUCAGAAUUGGUGCGAUGCGCUCCUUCGGGCAGGUAGACUUCCAGAAGCCAUCAAAGCAUACCGAUACAUGAUGGAUAGGGCUGAUGAGGCUACAAAAGCACGCUGCCUUGAUUGGUCCACUGGCGAGUCUUCUCGAUGUAAACCUCAUUUCAAGCAAGAUUGCAAUGUUGUCUAUGCUGCUGAUGGAGUGACUGACCUCGCUGUGGGCGGAGAUGAAGCCCUCGCUGCGGGUAAUUACGACAAGGCUAUCGAGCUUUACUCCGCAGCGAUCGAUCUCGACUUUGCAACCCAUACCACCUUUGCAAACCGCAGUAAAGCGAGGUCGGGAAAAAUGCUAUGGAACGAUGCACUCCUCGAUGCGGAAAAGGUCAUUGAACUCGACCCUUCAUCUUACUUUGGAUAUCAGUUGAAGCAUGCGGUGCUUCAUGGCGCACAUAGAUAUGAUGAAGCCAUCGAGGCGCUCUCAACCAUGCUCUCCAAGUUGGAAAGUGCUCCCGAUACAGAAACAAGAAACUUGCGCCAACAGUCAGCUCGACAACACCCCGCACCGUCUAAUCAACACCUCCACUGGGCGCUUAUGCAACCGCGAGGCACAGAUCAAUGCCUUCAGAACAAGCACAGUGUACAAAGAACUUUUGUCAUCCACCACGAAACAUCCGGACUUUCAAAUGGAGCGCAUCAAGAUGUGGUGUCGACGUACUUCCGUUAUGUCAUGCUAUCGCAUAGGUGGGAAGUGACGGAGCCAUCACUGCAUGACAUCCAGAACAAGGUGGUGUACGACUUGGAUCCAAUCGGUGGCAUCGCAAAGUUGCAGUCAUUCUGUAGAACUGCUCGUGAUAAAGGGUAUUGUUGGGCAUGGAUUGAUACCUGUUGCAUCGACCAGACUAACAACGUCGAGGUCCAACAAUCGGUCAACUCCAUGUUUCUGGUAUCGCCACUCAGCACUACCAUCAUCUACCUGUCGGAUGUUCCACUUCGUCGCAGUCUGGCACUCGCAGCAGCGCUUGGAAUACGCGAGGAUGGACAGUUCAAGAAUUCUGGCUUCAAUGUUUGUACUCUUUUACCAGAAGGAUUGGUCGUUGAGAUGGGAGAUGUGACGGGAAUAGAUGCACGAACCCUUGUUGCCUUCCGUCCGGGGAUGAGAAACGCCCGGGAGAAACUCCAAUGGGUGUCAGCGCGUGUUACCACGUGGCCGGAAGAUAUUGCAUACUCAUUGUUUGGUAUCUUCGGCGUCAACCUACCUGUCAUUUAUGGCGAGAAGAAGCAAAAGGCGCUCGGGAGGCUCUUGCAGGAGGUCAUAGCUCAGUCGGGCGACAUCAGUGCCCUGGACUGGGUGGGGAAUCAUCUGAAUUCAAUAGCUGUCUACCAGCCGACAUUACUUCAUACAAAGCACCACCACUUCGGUCUCUUUACUGCGAAACACCGAGGCUAUGGAAUCAGCUUCAAAGCUUUAUACCCUUCUCGAUCAGAUGAACGCUCCUCGUUUCGCGAACUGCAGACUGCAUCUGCCUUGCAUAGCAUUUCGUGUCACGGCAGUGAAACGGAGUCAUACUCAGACCAAGAUUCACACAGCACGUAUCAGGUCAAGGCAGACGGUCUUCACGACCUGUCAAUCACCACGGAGGACAAACUUAUUCCAUCUUCGUGGACAUUUUCCACACGGCAGACGUUCUUACUCGUCCGUCCAUGGGAUCGUGAUCUCCUCGAGCUGCCUGAUUUUGCGGAGCUGUUAGGCUUGGCAGCUAGGCUGCCUGACAUUGGAGACGACACGCAGAGCGAGGAAUCCUAUUGGUCUGCGCCUGGGUCUCCAUUGCAGGAUUCACCUGGCGGGUCCCUUGAAGCAGAGAAGCCGGUUGAUUUGGAAUCGGGCGAGCGAGCGUUGCGAUUGAUCGUUCGCCUUGGACAGCGUUUUAGUGCAUUUUUGCUAGCGCAGCAGCGUGGGGGAGAAUACAGAGAGUCGCAUCAGAUCGUGCCAUCAUUGCACAAGUUGACGACACGGCUUUUGCUCAGGACAUGGUGGACGUCAAGAUACUCGAGAUAUUGUAGCUAGCAGCUAUGUGUAUGCAUAUAGAUUUAUUACAGGAUGAUGUCAUGGUGUAGGUAUCUACCGAUUAAACCAUGUAUUUCAAUGCUUCAGGUAGGCAUUUAUACGAACCUUUGUCUACGACAUGCUGUCACUCUGCAAUCCACUUAUUUUCCCCUCGUAAUUCAUCAAGACGAAUAGCCCAGAUGGAUUAUACGGGAAUGGUGAUGGCAACGGGUGCA